AGCUCUUCCUAGAGUUAGAUGCCUCGUGCAAGACUCUGAGAAAAUUGACAAACACUUAACUUGCAGUCAGCUGUAAAAUCAAAUGACUUCUAAGUUGCCACAUGGCACCACCACAGGAAUGAACACUGCAUGUGUCUAGCUCACUUCAGAUGUGCACCAGUAAUUUGAGCCGGCCUCUGGGCCAUGGCUCAGUCCUGCCCACAGCAUGUUUGUGUUCUUCUUCCUGUGCCCUUCAGCCUGCCCAGAGAUCCCUGCUAGACUGGUACUGAUACCCUACCUUAGCUAGUAUGAAAUAAGCUCAUGCCCAUGAACUCAUGCACAAAAGUUGCAGCUGCAGCACACACAGCUAUCUGGAACAGAGGCAGGAAUACCAUCCAUUUCCUCAAGGUUUCCUACACUCUUCUGUGGUGAAUAGUUGGGACUUGCUCUGCAAAAAUCUGGUACAUCCUGAAAGUCCAUCCUGUAUCCUAAACAAAGACAAGGCCUUGAAAAAUAAAGCAAGGCCAGAACAAAAUAAUACUGGACUACAUAAUUUAAGAAGGUCCUGAAACGUAUGAGCAGGGGGACUGACAUGAAGUCACAAAAUCAGUCUUCUAAUAUAUCCUAAUUCUGAGUCCUUUGUUGUAUAUCCUUAAUGAUUUUUUUUAAAAUCAGUUGUGUGCCUAUGAUACCUAGGUGAAUUGAAGGGUAGGGACUGAAGAGCUGACAGCUAAUGGGAAAAGAUAUAGCAGAGUUAAAUAAAUAACUUUAGAAGGCACACAGUUUAGCUAUAUACUUCGAAGAAGCUUGGUUUUGUAAAGGGCAGGAUGUGAAGGGUGAAGACCUGAAGGAGCCUCUUGGGAGAGGGGGGAAAAGUACUAAGGUAUUUUCAGCUCAAGGGAAGAAAAAUUACAGAGGUCUGAACUUUGGUUCCCAGCCCAGAAUAACUGAAAAUUAUCUCGGCAGGGUAAAGGCUGGAAUAGCCCCUGAAGAACAGACAGAAUUUCCCAGCUUUCAAUCUGUUAUUUUUAUUAUGUGUACACAUAGGCUGUAGAAGACUGCCGCUGAGAACAGAAUCCAUCUCUGGUCAUUCCCAGUGACAGCCAUCAGAAAGCAGGAGCUGCUUUUCCAAUCAAAGAAUCAUCUUGUUGUGAUACAAUGCUAAAAACAUACUGUGACGUCACUGAAGCAUCAUAUAGAAAACUUUCAGACUAGAAGUGGUCAGGAGUAUAAAGAUAGAAACAGGAGAGAACAGUCAAAUUAUUAACAACCCCUCAGAUUUCUUCUGGCAUGAUACACUUUUCUGGGCAAAACACAGCAUUGAUGCAGUACAGGAUUCCAAACAAAUUCAUUUUUUCAUCCUCUUUAUUAGAGGCAGAAUUAUUUAAUAACUUUCUUUUGAAAUAGCAAGAUCCAGCCCCAAACGCUUGAGCGCUGAGGUAUGGAGAGAUUUUCCAGGAGCCCAGUGACUCCCGCCUCAGUUGGGUGGGGCUUCAUUUUGGUCCUGGCAACAGCUCCUCAGGGGGUAGUUCUUCCCCUGCCGGCUUUCCCUAGGGUUUCAUGGCAGGGGUUAAAAUUUGAGGAGGGGUAAUCCUGCCCCUACAGGAUCGUAAUCCCCCUCAACAUACACACGGUGGCGAUUAGUUUAUAAACAGAUGGUGAUUCCGGAAGGCUGGGGGUGGUUCCCUGACCCCCGGUUUGCGAGUCUCCCACCCCCUCUCGGACUGUCGGGGCGGGGGAGUGGCUCCUGCCGCCGGCCCGAGGCGGGGGAGGAGAGGGUGGAAGAGUAGAGUCGGCGGCUCCGUAGGGAAGUCGGUCAGAAAAGACAGACACUGUUAAGGGGAAGACGUAGCACUGCAUCAUCUCUCGUCACGUGAGUAUCUCCUCCCCCGGUGGGCUUUGCUAUAAAUAGAAGAGGAAUUUCAGCACGCUCGAGCAGAACAUUUCUGUGUAAAUACACAACGUGGUUUCUCCUACGUUUUCUCUUCUAGCUGGGGCUCAGCUGAACAAGCCUUUAUCUUGAAUCCCGUCGUAAGCACCACCAUGUGGGAACCGGGCUGGACCUACCAGAGGCUGCAGCAACAGCCUGGGCGGCCCUGAGCAGAAGCGACGAGUUCUGUCCUCUUCUUUGGGAUGACUUAAAAUAAGCUGCUCUGUUAACAAGCGGUUUAUCAGUCAUGAAACGAAUUCUUCUGGUUUUUAUCCUGGCUGCUGCUGUUAUGUAUGGUAUCCUGCAUGGAAAUCUGUGGAGAAAUAACUUCUACUGGCUGCCGCCUACGGCUGUAGAGAGGAGGAAUGCAUUGGACACUUGUUUCCUGAAACCAGCAUUUGAAUCUUUACUGGGUGUUGACAAAAUAUACCCAUUCCUGUGCGCUAAUGAUUUUAUCAGAGUGGCAGAGUUCCAAGGGAGCAAUAAGUUUGAACUACCUUAUGGAAUAAAGAGAGCAGAGCAAUUUUUUCGUUUAGCCCUUUCAAGACUGCAGAACUGUGGCCUUUCCAGUGAAGAAGACAGCAUUCCUUGUCGACGGUGCAUUGUGGUUGGUAAUGGAGGAGUACUUCGAAAUAAGACAUUAGGGGAAAAAAUUGACUCGUAUGAUGUCAUAAUAAGAAUGAAUAAUGGCCCUGUGAUAGGAUACGAAGAGGAUGUUGGGAGGAGGACGACUUUCCGCCUUUCUUAUCCAGAAUCUAUCUUCUCAGAUCCCAUCCACUACGACCCGAAUACCACUGUUGUUCUCAUCGUCUUCAAACCACGGGACUUGAAGUGGCUUUGGGAGAUACUUGGUGGUCAGAAAAUAAGCGUGAAGGGCUUUUGGAAGAAACCAGCUCUGAAUAUGAUAUACAAAUCGAGUCAAAUCAGGAUUCUUGAUCCCAGCAUCACCAGGAAAACUGCUUAUGAGUGGCUUCAUUUCCCAACAAGGUUUCCUAAGAAGGAGAAACCCAAGCAUCCAACAACGGGGCUAAUUGCCAUUACACUGGCAUUUCACAUAUGCCAUGAAGUCCACCUGGCAGGCUUCAAGUAUGACUUCACUGACAGAAAUAGCUCUUUGCACUACUAUGGCAAUGAAACCAUGUCUCAGAUGAUGCAGAAUGAAUACCACAACAUCACCGCCGAGCAGAAAUUUUUGAAGAAGCUUAUAGACAAGAACUUUGUAGUCAAUUUGACGUGAAAGCUGAAUGGAAAAUACAAAGAACAAUCACUAUUUUCAAGAUUUGAAAAAUUUUUAUUUUUUGUAUGACAUUUUUAUUUUUUAAGUGCAGCAUAACUGUUUACUGUUUAAAGGAGCCCAGAAACCCCAUCAAGGCAAAAGCUUUUAACUGAGGGUAAUGGACUUCUGCAAAAAGAGUUAACUGAAUUUCUGUGAAGCUAUUUAAUAGUGGGAAAACCAUGAAACUUUCAACUGAAAGUAUCAGGGAUAUAUAAAAAUGUGAUGUACAUCACUUUAUUAUCACUGAGAACUCUUUCCAAAUGAUUAAUUCUCUGGAAUACUUUUGUUUCUGAUGUUGUCCUCCAAAAGAGUUCCACUGUCAAGAGAUUGAGAUGACCGAUGUUCGUUCAGUAGGUGAAUAUAAAGUCAUGACUGUCUGUCUUGUAUGAAAAAAACUAUGCAUCAAAAUCAUUACUGUGUGUUUUGGAGAAGGGGGAACAUACAGACUGUACAGGUUUUGUUCUGCCAUACUCCUGCGGAGAGGAUGUCCACCUUCACCCAAGCAGCCACAGCUUCUGCGCUGACCAUCAACUCUGAGCUUCUGUCUGCCUUUGCUGAAGGUGAAGACCCUUUGUCCGAUUCAUGGAGAUGUUGGUGUUGACAGUGCUUGUGUUGUACCCAUUUUAUGGAAAAAUCAUACUCUCUAUGCUGUUCAUCCAGUAAAUCUUACAGUUGCUGACUCGACUUAAAAAAGAGGGAAUAUGAAGACUGAAGAGUUGUCCAAACUACCUGUGUGUCAGCCCCCACACCACAAUAGAAACACAAGCUUGGACAGAGAUGUUCAUGCCUGAGUUUAGAGUCAAUGUUUGUUGGAGUUCUAGUUCUCCAGGACAGCAUCUCACGCAUUUUUUUGUUUGGUCCUCAAAAACAGGUGGAUUUUUCCAAAUGAGAACAAUCUCCUUCCUCAGAUGCUGUAACCAAUACAAACAAGGAAUACUCCCAUUUCUGGUAGUAGAGCAUGGUAGGGAAUAUCCAGCAUGUACCUCAGCUGAAUUAUCAUCAUUUUACCUCUUCUGUGUUGAUAUUUAAGGUUGAAGUUUGUGGAUGAAGUAAAUCAUUUAGCAGUGGGAACUUGCUCAAGAUUUUAGUUGAAACAUUUAAUGGGAUGUUUAUAUUUCCUGUAUUGGUUUGUCUCUGUGAAUAAAUUAAAUCUGCUUGGGAACACGCUUGACAGCUGUCAAAGAACAACAAUAUGCAGUUCCAGUUCUCUUCACAGGACAUCUGUAUAAAAUUUUUAUUUUAAUUAUGGCAGAAUUUCUGGAAUAUUUUGUGGUUUAUCAAUCAAACCUGAAGAAAGCACAAAUAAGUCCACUUUAAAAAGUCUUUGAAGUUGGUAGGAGUACUGUUGUUGCUUUUAAAUAAAAUUAUAUAGAGAAUACAUUUAAGAGUAAUGCAAACAAUCACAAUAUGAACAUAACGUUAUUUGCAGAAGAUGAGGCUUGCAAGAGUACUGAACACAAUUUAUUUUGCUGCAGCUAUGUAGAGGAAUUGCCAUUUUGAAUUAGGGGGAGGGCAGUGUGGUCUGGAGAGGUGCCACAGCUGAAGGGAAGGAGGCUUGUGUUUUCACCCAGUGAUUCCUGAGCUUUGGUCUGUUUCAAGCAAGCUGGACAUACCUGAAAUAACUUGAGAUGUCAGAAAAAUCUGUGGCAUGGGCUGGGGAAGGAUGCAGGUGUGUCCCAGCAAGGGGCAGGGUGUGCCAUGGUGUAUUGUCUGCUGCAUGUUGCUUGGCUGCACCUACACUCCAGCUGCGUGUAGGGUGGCAGGUGGGGGUGUGGAGGAGAGGGAGCAUGUCCCCAGGUGUUGGAACAGGUGACACUGGUGGUAGAAAUGGAGGAAAUAAUAAUUUCUUCAAGCGGCAGAAGGGCUCUUAAUUUUAUGUAUUUCCUUUAUUUUUUCCUGAGACUUUGGAGAGAUUUUUUGCUUGAAAAUCUCAAUAUAACAGGUGGGGUUUCACCUAAGAAAAUAGUGACAUUAUUAUCUUUGUGUCUCUACCAGCAUUUAUUUCUCCUGGUUAUUUAAGUUAAUUAAAGAGUUUUGUAUGUGAUUCUUCCGCUGCAGACGUACAGUGAUUUAAACUCCUGACAGUAGUAAUUCCACUGCUGUGGCAAGGCUUUUUGCAGACAUAGCAGUGUUCUCCAAGCUGUUGUUGCAGAGUAGCCCCUGGGUAGAUCUUAGACUGUGUUGAGAGCCAAGGCCAGCAGAAGUGCGGGGCUGCCCCUUCACCCUCAAAACCUGCGGUUGUUUCCAGAGCUGGGGCCCCCAGCUCUCCCAAUGGCUGUUGCUGUGGUCCAGCUGCAUCCAUGUAAUGUCUUGCAGGAUGCUGUCCAUGAGGAUUUUUUUCCAGAAGAGCUGUUGAAUAUCUUCCAGACACUGUGAGGAGAGUUCUUGUGAUGGUGGUGACUGCAUCCCUCUGCUUCUCCACCCUGGCUCCAGUUCCAGGAAGUGGGUACUGAUCUCUGCUUUUGAAGAUGUGGUUAUUUUCUCUGCUUUAUUUAAUCUCCAGAGAUACUCUUCCCACUAAUAUAAACUGAUUCCUUCUCUGAUUUUUCUAGUUUUCUGGUUUUUUUGGGAUUUGGAUUCUAGCUGUAGCAGAACAGACAAAAUAAUUGGAAAAAAUAGCAGCUUCAUGGUAAAGAAAUGGUGUCUCCCAAACUCUUUGUAGUUAAAAAAAAAUCCCUUCAGUCUUCUUCACUUUUGCCACAUCAGCUUUUUGAUCUCCCUGAAUUUUUUUAAAAAUAAUGUUUGGUGUUCUCAAGGAAUUUAAUAUGUUCUCUUCUCUACAAGCAUUUAUCCAUAUCACCUGUUUCUUUUUAUAUCCUAAUAAGCCUUCCCAUGGUAUGGCUGACUUAUUUUUCAAAUUAAGCAGUACUUCUAGGGAUAUUUUUCUCCCACUUCUGUGCUCCUGCCAGGGGUGUUGAGUUCACCACAGUUAUUGUCCCUGGGUGACUGGGUAAUGUUUUGAAUUAAACUGUUCCCUCAGGAUCAAGCCAAGAGGUGAUGCUGCUGAUAAACUAUGGGCCAUUUGUGGUGGAUUUUUUUUGGGGGGGGGGGUUGUUUGUUUUUUGUUUGUUUGGGUUUUUUGGUUUGGUUUGGUUUUUUUUGAAAUCCCAGCUUGCAGGCCCAUAGCUUUUCUCCUCUAUAAUAAGGAGUGAGCCAAGUAAUGAAUUUUUUUCCCCACAAGAUCCUGUGUACUGUUCCAGCACCUGCUUCAUGCACAUCAUUCCUGCUGCUCUGCCACGAGGACAUGUCUUGCUUUGAACUUCAUUCAGGCAGGAACACCCAUGUGUAGUGUGUUUCUCAGCAGUACUUACAGAUCAGUGUCUAUUCUGUCUGGGCACACAUUUUCACAGGUGUUUUCCAGUACUGAAGACUUAACUUACGGCUUUCAGAAUAAAAAAUAAUGCUAACACCAAAUAUUUAGAUAGUUCCUGAACCUGAGCUGCUAUUAAGACUAUUUUACCUUUUUGUCAUUUCUGAAAAUGAAAUCUGCACUGAAACUUCCCUUUAAGAGCUAUCCAGGUUUUUUUUUUAUUAUAUCAGGAGUGAAGCUGCCAGUUUUGAAUCCCAGAGUGCUGCCAGCUUUAUUUCUGUGUCUGAUAAUGGUGUAACUGUGUAAGUCCCCAGUUUCUCCUAUCAUUUUUGUAUCUGAAGUCAGAUGUUCUCCUCCCUUAUUAACUCUGUUCAUGUUCUCUGGCAGCUUCCUGAAUUUCUAGACAGCGUCACCUUACAGCAAAGGUGCUUCUGCAUUUUAUCUGCCACCCCUCUCAAAAUGCUGCACUGUCAGACAGACACAGCCCUGAAAUACCAAACUGUGUACAGAACAGGCAGGAUGACACAUGUUGGUUGAAAGCUCCAUUUGGCUCAGACUUUCAUGAGGUUUCUUUGUUGGGAAACUGUUAUUUCCUUUGCUGUAAUAAUUAAGGGAUGUUGGGAAACUGUUAUUUCCUCUGCUGUAAUAAUUAAGGGAAGUCACAGACUGCUGCACUAAAUGUGAAUCUGAGAGUGCCUAAAAGAUGUUCCUAAACAUAUUCCAGAUAUUUUCAGGGACUGUAUUGGCGAUAAUAAUUCAGAAUCACAACUUCGGUGUUUAAUCAGCAUGUGGUACUUUCUGUUUCCAAUGCCGUGCUUUCCUUUUUAGCAAUGCUCUGGGGGAGAGUAUAAAUACCUUCCCUUUUAAGUGGACUGUGGUUUUUAAGAAUAUACAAAGCUCUGCAUAUGUUUUUGGUAUUGGGAAAUACUUAUUUGCCAUUUGUCUUAAGUUUUAUAUGCCUUUAAAGUGCCACCUGUAUUUUGAAGAAUUCUUAGAGUUGUUUCAAGUGAAAUUUUGAAUGCUACAUGUGGAAGGAGAUUAUUUUCCUUUGAAUAAACUGUUAAAGACAGUG